AGGGCUGCGGAGGCGGAAGAUGGCGGCGGUGGCCUGGCAGCCGUGAGGAGCGCGGCGGCGGCGAGGACGGCUGAUGGCGGCCGGGAGGCUCCCUUGGGGACCCGCGGGCCGUUAGAGCGCGACGCUGGGCGGCAUGUCGGAGCACGCAGCGCCUGGAGCCCCUGGGCCCGGGCCCAACGGCGGUGGCGGCGGCCCGGCCCCCGCGCGCGGGCCCCGCACCCCGAACCUCAACCCCAACCCGCUCAUCAACGUGCGCGACCGGCUCUUCCACGCUCUCUUCUUCAAGAUGGCUGUGACCUACUCGCGGCUUUUCCCGCCCGCCUUCCGCCGUCUCUUCGAGUUCUUUGUGUUGCUCAAGGCCCUGUUCGUGCUCUUCGUGCUGGCCUAUAUCCAUAUUGUCUUCUCCCGCUCGCCCAUCAACUGCCUGGAGCACGUGCGUGACCAGUGGCCACGUGAGGGCGUCCUGCGUGUGGAGGUACAGCCGAACUCCAGCCGCGCACCCGUCUUCCUGCAGUUCUGUGCUGGUGGCCGCAGCAGCUUCCCCAGCCUCACUGCAGCGCCCAGUGGCCUGGAGCUGGAGGAGGAGGAUGAGGAAGAGGUGGAGCUGACCAUGGAGAUGUUUGGGAAUCACUCCAUCCAGUUUGAGUUGGACAUCGAGCCCAAGGUGUUCAAGCCGCCUGGUGCUCCCGAGGCCCUGAAUGACAGCCAGGAGUUCCCCUUUCCUGAGACAUCCUCAAAAGUGUGGCCUCAGGACGAGUACAUCGUGGAGUACUCGCUGGAGUAUGGCUUCCUGCGCCUGUCGCAGGCCACACGGCAGCGGCUCAGCAUCCCAGUCAUGGUGGUCACCCUGGACCCCACACGGGACCAGUGCUUCGGAGACCGCUUCAGUCGCCUGUUGCUAGCUGAGUUCCUGGGCUACGAUGACAUCCUCAUGUCCAGUGUGAAGGGCCUGGCUGAAAAUGAGGAGAACAAGGGCUUCCUGCGGAACGUGGUGUCCGGUGAGCACUACCGCUUCGUGAGCAUGUGGAUGGCCCGCACAUCCUACCUGGCUGCCUUUGUCAUCAUGGUCAUUUUUACCCUGAGUGUGUCCAUGCUGCUCCGCUACUCCCACCACCAGAUCUUUGUCUUCAUUGGUGAGUCUCCCCAGCAGCCUGCGGGUGGGGCCAGCCCUGCCCCCAGGGGCGCCUCACGCGGUCUGCCCGCCCGCCGUCCUCUGCCCGCAGUGGACCUGCUGCAGAUGCUGGAGAUGAACAUGGCCAUCGCCUUCCCUGCGGCACCCCUGCUGACCGUCAUCCUGGCCCUCGUGGGGAUGGAAGCCAUCAUGUCAGAGUUCUUCAACGACACCACCACUGCCUUCUACAUCAUCCUUAUCGUGUGGCUGGCUGACCAGUACGACGCUAUCUGCUGCCACACCAACACCAGCAAGAGACAUUGGCUGCGGUUCUUCUACCUGUACCACUUCGCCUUCUAUGCCUACCACUACCGCUUCAAUGGUCAGUACAGCAGCCUGGCCCUGGUCACUUCCUGGCUCUUCAUCCAGCAUUCCAUGAUCUACUUCUUCCACCACUAUGAGCUGCCAGCCAUCCUGCAGCAGAUACGAAUCCAGGAGAUGCUGCUGCAGACACCACCGCUGGGUCCUGGCACCCCUACGGCACUGCCGGACGACCUCAACAACAACGGGGGCACCCCAGCUACCGCCCCUGACCCUGCCGGCCAGCCCCCUGCCCUGGGCCCUGGCUCGCCAGGGGUUGGUGGUGUCCCUGGGUCCAUGGCCGAGGCACCCAGCUCUCUUGUGGCUGCAGCAGCCUCAGUGGCCGCAGCAGCCAGUGGAGACCUGGGCUGGAUGGCGGAGACAGCUGCCAUCAUCACAGACGCCUCCUUCUUGUCCGGCCUGAGCACCUCCCUCCUGGAGCGGCGGGCAGCCGGCCCCCUGAACCCAGGCGGGGGGCUCCCUCGGGGCCCCCAGGCACCCCAGGACAGUGCCCUCCCAAACGAUUCCUCAGCACUUGACACAGCGCCUCUGGCUGCUGGGGUUAGUGGGCCCAGCCCUGAGUCCAUGGCCCCAGCAGACUCGCCCUCGGAGGCUGGCUCCUGAAUCCUGAGCAGCUGAGUGCCUCAGUUCCUGGCUGUCCAGGCUGGCUGGGGCCCUCGGGGGUCAGGGAGGCAGUCACUGGUGUCUCCAGGACUGCCCAGCUUGCACUGUGGUGUUGGGGUCCAUCUGGUUUGCCCAGGGGUGGGCUCCUCUCCUUGGGCUUGGGGCCUGCCUGCAGCCUAUCCCUGCCACAUUUGUGGUAGGCCCCCUCAGCCAGCAAAUUGAGGCAGGUUGAUUAGCCAGGGCAGGAGGUGGGGGUGGGGACUCCAUGGAAGGUUCUGGAAGGGGUUGGUGAAAGGUCUAGAACGAGGUGUACCUGAGGGCAGAGCCUGGCAGGUCUUUGAGCCAGGUGAACACGGAUGGGGAUUGGCUGCCUGGCUGGUGCUUGUGCCCAGUGCCUUUUCCAUGGCCCUUGCCCGUGCGCGUGUGUCUGCGCGUGCGCAAGACAGGGCUGGGGUCCAGGGAGGGCAGGGCUGGUGUCUCAGGCACAGGGAUGCCAACGCUGAAGGCAGUAGCGGGGUGCUAGGGUCCAGCUGUGCUGGGGCGGGAGAGCAGCCAAACCAAGUGACUCGGUGAGGACUGCGGAGGGCUCAUUCUGUUUUGUUUAAUUGCAGUGUACGAAAUUGUGUUUGUAUAUAGAAUAAACAUGACAGCGCCCUGCCAGCGUUUGCGCGUGCGCCCAAGGCUGGGGCUGUUUGCGCAGGC